AUGCAUUAUGAAGUGAAGGCUGAAACCAACAAGACCAUCUACACCUUUUCCACCAUCAUCAAGAAUCUCAUUCUUGCACAGCGAGCCGGGGCUCUUGAGUUUGCGCAGAAGUUGUUGGAUGCUAAUGAACAGGGGAUCAAAGCUGAUGCUGAAUUAGCCAGAAAAGAAGUAGCCUUGGUGUACGGUACGCAAUCAAAUUGA